GAGUCUCCUCAAACUCUCACAGGAGCUCGACGCACCAGAAGAGCUGGACGAGGCUGCAGCCAGAGAAGCGUGCCUGUGGACUUUAACCAAACCUGAAACUCAACAAGUUUUUUUGUUGUUGUUUUGUUUGUUUGUUUGUUUGUUUUGUUUUUUGUUUUUUUUGCCCAUCGAUCAGCAGAGCUCAGCUUUCCUCCACAUUCCUUUCUUAUUAUUUUGAAUUUCUUCAUGAAGUGAGUCUCUCGAUUCGCCUGUUUGACGCGCACUGAGUUGCAUUCGUUUAACUGUUGCAAAGAAAAAAAAAAUAAUGAGGUCCUCUUCUGAGUGGUUCUGGAGGAUGAUCCGGCUGGCAGUGACAGUGGCGCUCAUGUCAGCGUGCAGAUCGUCAGAGUACGAGGACGUGGUGGGCUGGAGACAUGACGGUUACAGCAGCGGGCGCUCCUACUUCAGGCCUCCGCAGUGCGUGGACAUCCCGGAUGACCUGCGGCUCUGUCUCGGCGUGGGCUACGAUCAGAUGCUGCUGCCCAACCUGCUGGAGCACGAGAGCAUGGCCGAGGUGAAGCAGCAAGCCAGCAGCUGGGUGCCCCUGGUGCACAAGAACUGCCACCCGAACACGCAGGUAUUCCUCUGCUCGCUCUUUGCGCCCGUGUGUAUAGAGCGGCCCGUCUACCCGUGCCGCUGGCUGUGCGAGGCCGUGCGGGACGGCUGCAGCCCCAUCAUGGAGGCGUUCGGGUUCCCUUGGCCGGAGAUGCUCGCCUGUGACCAGUUUCCGCAGGACGAAGUGUGCAUUUCCAUGAACCAGUCCAAUACCACUGAGACAAUCAAACCGACAGGUAAACCUUACGUCUGCCCUCCAUGUGACAAUGAAAUGGAAACAGACACCAUGCUGGACCACAUGUGUGCCAGUGAGUUCGCUUUCAAGGCCAAGAUCAAGGAAGUGAGGCGAGAAAACAUGGACCGCAAGCUGAUCCUGCAGAAGAGGAAGAAGAUGUUGAAAAUGGGGAACCUGAAGAAGAAGGAUUUGAAGAAGCUGGUGUUGUACUUGAAGAAUGGUGCAGAUUGCCCCUGCCAGCAGCUGGACAACCUGGGAAACCAGUAUCUAAUCAUGGGUCGCAAGACGGAUAAGCAGUACCUCCUUACAGGCAUCCACAAGUGGGACAAAUCCAGCAAAGAGUUCAAAAAGGCCAUCAAGAAACUCAAGACCUACAAAUGUCCCACCUUCGAAAACGUCUUCAAAUAAUAUGACCCUGCCCCCAUCCCUGAUUGCAUCUCAUCCUACAUAUGAACUUGCAUUAAGCAUUAAAGUCCCAAACUUCGCUUUCUAUUGUCCUGUUUAUAUAUCUAUAUAUCUUUGUAUAUUUACAGAUAUACUUUGAAAUGCCCAUUAUCAAGUUUUAGUCAAAUGUGGUGAGUGAUGACACUGCAAAUUAAUUGGGUUUCCUUUUUUUCUCUUCUGCUUAAGAAAAGGACAUUGUAAUAUCCCUUACUCACUGAAAUCAUUUCCACUAUAUGUAUGUAGACACAUUAUUAAACUCUUUCAUCCUACAGCUCAGUUGAUUUUGCUGAAAGGAAUAAUUGGACUUUUUUUUUUUGGAAACACACUUCUUUGCUUCCUGGCCAAGAGUUAGAGGAGAAGCCUGUUUACCACUCUCAUGUCUGUACAAUAAGUAUGAAGCUCGAGCCGACAGAUGGUUAGCCCAUGUUGGCAAAGACUGAAAGCAGGGGGAAACAUCUAGUGUAGCUCUGUCCAAAGAUAAAGAAAAAAAACCCACAAAUUGUAGUUUUUCUUUUUUUGUGUGUUUGUGUGUAAGUGAAAUAUAACACGUUAUUUAGUGAGAUUUAGAUAUGCUGGUAGAUUGAUAGUUUGGGAAAAAAGCCAAGCUAGCUUUUUCUUCCUGCUUCCAGUCUUGCUAAUGGAGGCUAACCAUCUGCUGGCACUAGCUUCAAAUUUAGCGUAGAGGAAUGACAGUAGCAGUGAUCUUCUUUAUCUAUCCCUUGGCAGGAAAAAUGUCCCACUAUUAUUUUAAAUCUAUCUCAUUUCGAUCACAUAAUAAAUCAUAAAAUGACUGAUCAGACUACAGAAUUAGCAGUUGUAGUUAUUUUUGAGCUUUAAAAGCCACACCGUACAGAGCAGCUCCACAUUGGGUUCCUGUUGAAUAACUUAUUAACAGUACAACAGUAAAGUAUGAGAGAACUCUGCCAUUAGCUGGUUGUUUGGUCAAACUAAAGACUGAACUACCAAAUUUCUCUUUAAUUUCUUCAUUGUUAAAUUCUUUUUGUUAUCUUAAGAGAAUCAUAACCCUUAACAAGACGUGUGUGUCAGAUUUCUUGAUUUUUGUGUCCUGUUGUCACCUGACAUUUUUUACCACUCUGCUCUCUCUCUCUCUACAUCCAGUCUAACUCCAGUAAAUCAGUAUUCAUCAGUAAUGGAAAAUGCCUUGUAGUCAUUUGAGUUUAAAAGUGCAAAAGUUAUCAAAGUACAGAUAUUCCCAACUUUGUGUUCUGGUUUGUUUUGCUGGUCCGUUGUAGCACUAUUUUGUUGCAGUUUUGAAUGUGAGCAAUGCCUAUUACAUGUACAUACAAAUUUUACAUAAAAAUGGAAAAACUGUG